AUGGCGCUGGAGGGCGCCCACCUCUUCAACGAGACGGCCUGCGCUGCACUUCAGCCAAGCUCGAUCGAAUUCUCGGAGGGCGACUUGGCCAGCGCGACGGGCAUCUUCGCGGAUGGGCGGGGCUUCGCGGCGCGCCGUCCUGCCCGGCCCCGCGACCCGGGCGCGCCGCUCCUCGAGGCGUGCGGGCCAGUGAUCACCGCGUCUCGGGACCGCCGCUUCGCGGGCGCAGGCACCUUCGCAGCAAACGCGAGGGCCCACUUCGACAUAAAUACACGCUGGAUCAGGGGGCGCAGCGACAGCGCUGGCAAGGAGCAGGCCGCCAUGGCCAAGCGGGGGGCGGACGCUAGGUUCUCAGGCGACCCGGAGCUGAUUUACCUGAAACGCUUGGAGCAGGUACGCAAGCAGGAGACUGACCUCCGCGUGCGCCACUUGCUGGGGCCGCCAGUGAUAGAGGCCAGACGAGCACCCACCUUGAACGGCUGUGCGUUCGAGGACGAGCUGAACGACCGCACCGAGCUGGCAAGCAUGUCUUCGAGCUCAGAACCGGCGAGGGACACCGCGCGAAGCCUCAUCCAGGGCGGCUCUGCCGCCCCGAAGUUGAGCAACGUUGCUCUGGGCGUGGACCUCCGCAAGUUUCAGGACCAGUGCAAAAGAGGCGGGCGGGGUGGCUGCCUCGCGAUGCCUGGAGGGGACGACCUGGCGUUUGGUAUUGUAGGCGGUAGCGACGGUGGGACGCGUGUUCUAAUGUUGGAGUUGUUCCUGCUCGAGGUGGCUCCCCUCGCGAGCACCGAGUGCCAGCGGCAGCUGCAGCCCAUGAUUAUCCCGAUGGGCCCUUGCACGGCCAGCAUCGUCGACCAGCAUCGCCAGCAGGUGGAGAUGCGCACACACGCUGCCGUCCGAAGUAUGGCCUCCUUCCAGGGCUUCCCGGACCGUAUGGAAGCCGCCGACCUGCAGCUGCCGGGCACGGCCCAGAGCUUGCACCCCGGUUCGCCACGGUUCUUCAGGACGGGCUGCGACAUUCUGCAGUGGAUGAUGGGCCUCCCAGAUGUGCGCCAGCCGGCCCACCCGCCGAGGCCGGCGAGCGCCUGCAUGAUGGCGACGCCGAGGCCUCUCGAGCCGACCUGCGACAGGCAGGCCGGCACGGAGCACUGCGAGCACAAGCUCAGGGGCACGCCCUUCGUCGACCCUGAGCUUCCAAGGGUGCCCCCGGGCCUCGGCGGCCCCGACGGGAGGAGCGGGCGCCCGCCCGCGGGCCUGCACCCGCCAGCCGCCCCUUGGCCGCCGCCGCCGCUGCCGCCGCCCCCCGUGCGCCCACCCGCGGAGACGCAGGCGCCGGCCGGGCCCCCGGCGCCGCCGCCGUUAUCGGCGCCGCCGCCGCCGGCCUUGGACAGCCGGGCUGCCUGCAGCCCCGCCGGUCGUGGCUCCGCGUCGCCGCGGCCGGCGCCUUCGCAGGUGCGGGGCGGCCGGGAGGCCGCCGCGGCGUGCGAGCAGGCCCGCAGGCGGCGUGGCGCGGGGACCGCCGCAGCGGCGAGCGGCCUCCGCUUGACCAAGAGGUGGUGCAACCUUGCGAUGUUCUGCCAGUGCUGCCUCUACGCUGCGUACGCGCUCCUGUGGGGCGGGCUCGUGCAGCUGGCCUUUGCCACGGUCAUGGUGUUCGUGUUCUUUGCGACGGUGCCUUCGGGCGCGAGUUCCUGGGAAGAUCUGCGGGCCUGCGCCACGGUGAGGGGGCUCCGGAGCUUGUGCGAGGUGCUGCCGAGAGGCUGA